AUGGCUCAAUUGCAGGAGAUGGUGACGUUCAGGGACGUGGCUGUGGUCUUCAGCGAGGAGGAGCUGGGGCUGCUGAAUGCUGCCCAGAGGAAGUUGUACCCACACCAGCCGUUCACACCGGGCCUGAUAGCCCAGCUGGAGAAUGAAGAGGAGCUCUGCAUGGUGGAAGCCCAAGGAGGUGAGAUCUCAGGAAGCAAGGGUGGACGUGCUGUGGAGAAUGAUGAAGACAUGGAGUUAAGCUCCCUUUGUCCCAGAGAGCUUGCCUUCUGUCAAACCUGGCCACAGGGUGCAGGCUUGUUACCCAGGGAUCAAGAUUCCAUGAAAAGAUGUCUAAAGAGCAACACUGAGUCUCAGAACCAGGGAGAUUCCUCCUUCCUGGUGUGCGCAGGGAGGCUGCUUCAGAUUUCUGAGGAUGGGAACUACGUGUUGCCUCCUGCAGAUGAUGACUCUGCCUCUAUGAGGAGUCAAGAGUUUCCUUCCCUGAGAGCCCAGCAGUCUUGGCGGGAAUCGCAUCUCAGUGGGUCGUGUAAUUGCCAAUGGAAAGGUCAGCAAAUACCCAUGAGAAAUCAUUUCCAUGGAUGUGACAGCGUCAGUUGGUUCUCAUACCACAGUGACAAUGAGGGGUUACACAGAAAGGGGCAAAGCUAUAGUUUCCAUGACCUCAGAGAAGAGACCAUGAAGGUAUCAUCACUUAAGCAGGACUUGAUUAAAUUAGGGCCCGUGCCCUGCCCAUGUAGUGAGUAUGGAAAAGCCUGUGGCCAUGGUGACGGCAAUGAGCCCGGCUCUCACACACAUCAGCAGUUCAACUCAAGAGGGAAGCCCUGUCCAUGCAGUCCACAUGGAGAGGGCUGUCAGGACAGGUCAGCUCUUCACAUCCAUCGGAGUGUGGAAACAGGAGAUGAAGGUACGGCUGAGAGUUCUCUUCUGUGGUCCCCUCUGAGAGUGUGUGCAGAGCAAAUGCUCUGCCAGGGCAGUGAGAACGCUCACCAUGCCUCCCCUCUCAGCACUUGUGGAUGUACCCACCCGGGCGACACCUCCCAGAAGAGAGGCAUCCCUGAGAAAGCUUUGCCUUGUUUACACUGUAAUAGUAAUUUUAGGGUCCACACUGGGGAAGAGUCCAACAAGUAUGAGGAGAAUGGGAAUGUUUCUAGUCAGAGUUUAUAUCUUCAAGCUAGUCAGGAAAUCCACGCUGAAGAGAAACUAUAUCCAGGUGUGGUGUGUAGAAAAGAUUUCACACAUUGCUCAAAUUUUAACACUGAGCACAGAGUUCACAUAGAAGAGACUCUUUAUAACUCUGAGUGUGGUAACCACUUCAGUCUUCCCCCAUAUUUCCAGGACUUUUCAGCAAUGUACCCCAGGGAACAACCACAUAAACAUGCAUGUAGUACAAACUUCGAUCAAAAAUUGUGUAUUCCAAGCCAUCAACAACUUGACGUCAUUGAGAAACCUACUUAUAAAGAGGGUGGGAAUGGCUCUAACUGGAGUUCCAGCCCCCAAGAGCAGCAGAAACCUAAGCCACACAAAUGUGACACCUGUGGGAAAUGCUUCAGUGACAGAUGGGUUCUUACCAUUCACCAGAGAGUCCACACAGGAGAGAAACCAUAUCAAUGUAAGGAGUGUGGGAAGUGCUUCAGCCAGAGUGCCUACCUACACUCCCACCGGAGAGUUCACACUGGAGAGAAACCGUACAAGUGUGAGGAAUGUGGGAAGGCCUUCAGUCGGAGUUUCUACCUGCAAGGCCACCAGAGAAGUCAUACUGGGGAGAAACCAUACAAGUGUGAGGAAUGUGGAAAGAGCUUCAGUCGAAAUUCCUACCUGCAAGACCACCAGAAAGUUCACACUGGGGAGAAACCAUAUAAGUGUGAGCAGUGUGGGAAGGGCUUCAGUCGGAGUUCCAACCUUCAAGGUCACCGGAGAGUUCAUACUGGAGAGAAACCAUACAAGUGUGAGGAGUGUGGGAAGGGCUUCAGAUGGAACUGUAAUCUUCAAAUUCAUCAGCGGGUUCACACAGGAGAAAAACCCUUUAAAUGUGGAAAAUGUGGCAAAGGCUUUAGUAAGGCCUCAACUCUCCUGGUCCACGAGAGAGUCCACAUGGGAGAGAAGCCUUACCAGUGUCUCGAGUGUGGGAAGGCGUACAAUAGGUAUUCCAAUCUCCAGAUACAUCACAGAAUCCACACUGGGGAGAAGCCAUUUAAAUGUGAGGUGUGUGGGAAAGGUUUCACCCAGAAGUCAAAUCUUCAAUCUCAUCAGCUUGUCCAUACGGGAAGGAAACCCUACAAGUGUGACACAUGUGGUAAGGGAUUCAGUAGGAAUUCAGGUCUUCUGAUGCAUCAAAAAGUCCAUAGCAGUGAUAGUUUCUAUAGGAGGGAAGAGUAUAGGAAUGGUUCCCAUCCUUCUGAGAACCUAUGCAGAGAUGAAGGCCUGUCAAAUACUGUUCUGUUUUGUUAAUGAAAAGUAGUGUUUGUACCCAACAUGAAUGCCAGUGGUUGUUGGGAAGCAACCCAGAAUAGAGAUCCAUCAAGUGUUUGCCAACAUCUCAACAAGCUCUUGUAGAGGAUCAAGAACUUCUCAUGAAUGUAAGCAGGAAUUAGCAAAAGUUUGAUUAUAGGUGAAAGUUUCAUUUCUCAGAGCCAAUUGGUCCCAAAUAUCUGGGCCCAGAAUCUGCUUCCCAAAUUACCAUGCAGAGGCUUAAUAUUACUUACAAAUCUCGAUUAAUAACUCAGGCUUAUUAUUAACUAUCUCUUCAAGUUUACGUUAACUAAUAUUCCUAAAUUAUGCAUUGGCAUGUCGUGGUCCCUGUUCUCAGUAUGGUGCACCCAUCUUGCUCUCUCUUGUGUUUGACUGGAGUCUCCUGAACCUGCCCUUCCUUAUCAUGCCUUAUCAUGCCUUAUCAUUCUUAGGUUGGGUGGCCCACCUAUACUUUCUGCCUGGUUACUGGCCAGUCAGCCUUUCAUUAAACCAGCUUGUGU